AUGUUUUCGAUCGUAUCGUCAAUUUCUCCACUCGUCAAUUUCCAAAACUCGCCGAAAUCGCCGAUUCAUGUUGUAUCGGCGGCGUCUGGAUUCAAAACACUGACGGAGAAUUUGACGGUGAGGGUCCAGAGAGCAGAUAACCGCGAACUUAACGUGCCUCUGCUCUCCCCAUUCACUAUCGCCUCGUCACGGCUCGAUUCAGUCGGUAAUGUCGCGAUUCGAAUUGAGCUUAGCGGCGGAUCUGUCGGCUGGGGAGAGGCUCCGAUUUUGCCGUCGGUGACGGCGGAAAACCAGCAAACGGCAAUGGUAAAAGCGCGGGAAGCUUGCGAGUUUCUGAGGGAGUUACCGGAAAUGAAACUCGGUGAUUUUCUUCAGGAGAUCGGCGAAUUUCUCCCCGGCCAUCAAUUUGCCUCUGUAAGAGCGGGGAUGGAGAUGGCGAUGAUCGAUGCAGCAGCUAAGAGCGUAGGGAUGCCAUUGUGGAAACUAUUUGGUGGCGCUUCAAAUACAAUCACCACUGACAUUACAAUUCCGAUAGUUUCUCCAGCAGAAGCUUCGAGCUUGGCGUUAAAGUACAGGGAAGAAGGGUUUGAAACCUUGAAGCUCAAGGUGGGGAAGAACCUUAAGGCCGACAUACAAGUUCUCCAGGCUAUACGUGAAGUCCACCCUACUUGUUCCUUCAUUUUGGAUGCGAAUGAGGGUUAUCAAACAGAGGAAGCUGUUCAAGUUCUCCAAAAACUUCAUGAAAUGAAGGUGACACCGAUUCUCUUUGAACAACCCGUCCACAGAAACAACUGGGAAGGUCUCAGUCACGUGACUCGAAUUGCAAAGGACAGAUUCGGAGUCUCUGUUGCAGCAGACGAGAGUUGUAGAGACCUGACUGAUCUCAAGAGAAUCAUAAAAGGUGAUAUCGUUGAUGUUGUGAACAUCAAACUCGCCAAGACAGGUAUCCUCGAGGCUCUUGAGGUGAUUGAAUUGGCUAGAUCAUCUGGAAUUGAGCUUAUGAUAGGAGGAAUGGUUGAGACUAGGCUAGCAAUGGGGUUCUCUGGUCACCUUGCUGCUGGUUUUGGAUGUUUCAGAUUCAUCGAUUUGGAUACUCCACUUCUUCUGGCUGGUGAUCCCGUUCAAGGUGGCUACAAAGCGUCCGGUGCUGUCUAUGAGUAUACAGAUGAAGGUGGUCACGGAGGAUAUCUUCAGUGGAAUUGA